UAAUUUGAUUCACAAAAUUAGACAACCUAGCUAAAUCUAGAGGAGUCCAUUUAGCAAAAUUAUCGGUAUUUAAAAUAAAAAAAAAAAAACUUUAAAUCUUUUCGUGAACAAUAAUUAAAUUCCAAAAAAGUCAAGUGGGGUCAUUAAUGGAUUGUAAGACACCCAGCGGCUUCGCCUUGACCAUAGAAGUCACCACCGGUCAGAUGUUCAUUGUAAUAUCGUGACGGGCUUCCUCGCCUGUCGUUACUUGAGUUAUGUGACAUGACUGACAUCCCAAGCAUCAAUGUCUUAAUUUUAAUAAAUAUUGAAAAUGGACCAAACAAGAAGCAGUUGUGCUUGAACCCAGAUUAACUAGUAAAGCACUUGUGUUGUAUGAACUUCAAUUUUAAGCCCUUCUUCCGUUCUUCAUGAGCAACCAUGGCUUCUCUCUUCCAGCUCCUCUCUUACCUCUACACCAUAGCCAUAGCCCUUUUCGAUCUCCUUCUUCUAAAAGCUGUCCUCCUAAUCCGAUCCGCCGUGCCCGGAAGUAUGGUCACACAUUCUGAUAAACUUUUUCGCAUAAUUACCACUCAAUAUUUCAACCUUGUUGAAGAGAAAAACCCAACUAUUUGUUACAGUGAAAACUUGAGGCAUCACGAAUCAAGAGAAUGCGCGGUGUGUUUGUCUGAGUUUCUGGAAGGUGAAAGUUUAAGGAAAUUGAAAUGCAAGCACACUUUCCACAAGGAUUGCCUUGACAAAUGGCUAGAAGAAUACCUGGCUACAUGCCCACUUUGCAGGACUAGGGUUUUGCCGGAGGGACUUGUGGCCAAUUAUCAUCUGCUCAAAGAUCAUAUAGAGAAUGGCGGGAGCUAUAGUGACGCUACCUUCUUGUUAUCUGCAUUAUAUGGUGACUUUUUACGUAGACUUUUCUAAUUUACUUGUUACAUACCUUUGUGUUUCUUGGAUUUUUCGUUCCAUGCUGGGCUUAAAACUUGAGUCUUUCUGGGUUUUAGGUUUAGAUCAUUAGAGGUAUAAAUGAGGAUUUAAUGUUAGGGAAGAACUAUAUAUUAUUUUCGUUGUGUAGUUCAAAAUUUAUUAGACCUUCCAUCAUCUUUUUUUUAAUGUCUAACACCUCCUACCAAUUGAGAGAUUACUA